AUGUUUUCAACAACAAUCAACUUGGCCGUCAUACCAAGCGGAAAGCCCAUCAAGGACCUUCCCAAGCAGCUGCGGAUUGUUCCCAAUGCAGCCACAAAUGAACUGUACCGCUCAGUGGCAGCAGCGUCAAGAUUGUCCAUCCAUCGUCUGAGGAUAACCCAUGGGCGUGACCGGACCCUAGUUUCAAAUUCUGCAGAUCUGACCGUGGAUGAAGUUGGACUCAAGGACCAGGGCGUGAUACAUGUCAAGGACCUAGGUCCCCAAAUCUCAUGGCGCGCCGUAUACAUCGCCGAAUAUCUUGGUCCAGCGCUGAUUCCAGCGUUGUUUCUCUUCCCGCUGCGCCCUUACCUGUACAAUGCAAACCUCGACACGAUCCUUGCGCCGACCAACCGACAACAACUCCUUUGUGCUCUCUUGACCUUCCACUUCGUCAAGCGAGAAUAUGAGUCCAUGUUCGUCCAUCGAUUCAGCAACGCCACAAUGCCGGCGCGCAACAUCGUCAAGAAUGUCAGCUAUUACUGGCUCAUGGUCUCCAGCAUGGCCUACCAGGCGUUCCGACCCGAUCCCACGAGGGCCAGAACUACGACCGAUUCAGAAACGGCAAUGAUGACUAUCAGCGUGACUCUGUUUAUAUUCGGGGAGCUGGCGAACUUGAACGCCCACUUUGUGCUGCGAAACCUCCGUCGUCCCGGCUCUUCUGAGCGUGGUAUUCCAUGUGGGCUGGGGUUCGGCAUGGUGACCUGUCCGCAUUAUCUUUUUGAGAUUGUUUCUUGGGUUGGGAUCUACCUUGUUGGUGGGAUGAGAAGCUGGAGUAUAUUGGUUUUUAUUAUUGUUGGAAGUGUGCAGAUGGCGCUUUGGUCGAAGAAGAAGGAGAGACGCUAUCGCUUGGAUUUCGGGGAACGGUAUAAACCGAAGAGGUUUGUGAUGAUUCCUGGUGUUGUAUAA